CGUCAUGCGCUGAAGAUGGCAGACGGGGAAGGAGGAUGGUGGGGGGGCUGGCUGACACAAAGUUUACAGACCGUCAAAGACAAGUCAAAUGAGGCAUAUGAGUUCAUCAAACGGGAUCUGACUGAAUUCUCCAGCGUGGUGCAACAUGACACUGCAUGCUCCAUUGUCGCAACAGCUACCGCUGUUAAGAACAAACUGGCUGUUGAAAGCUCAUCAGAGGCCACGGAAAAGGUGAAGAAGGGCAUUUCCAAUAUUCUUGGUGUGAUCACAGAUACUUUGGCCCCUCCCCCAGACAAAACCAUCGACUGUGAUGUCAUCACGCUGGUAGCUACUCCCGCAGGCACAACUGAGGUGUAUGACAGCAGCAAGGCUCGAUUAUACAGUCUUCAAGCAGACCCUGCUACAUACUGCAAUGAACCUGAUGGCCCUCCACAUCAGUUUGAUGCCUGGCUGUCCAGUUUCAGUUUGGAAGAGAGGAAAGCGGAAAUCUCUGAGCUGUUGGUCAAUAUUCCUGCCAUCAGAGCUCUCUACACUAAAAUGGUGCCAGCAGCAGUGGCUCACUCUGAGUUCUGGCAGCGCUACUUCUAUAAAGUGUUCCAGUUGGAGCAGGAGGAGGCAAGGAGGGUGGCAUUGAAGCAGAGAGCAGAGCAAACCGCUCAUUCUGAGAGUCUGGGCUGGGAGGAAGAGGAUGAAGAAGGUGAGUUUCUCGGGGUCAGGUCUACAUCUCACUUAGAUUGCACCCCAACUUUUGAGGAGGCACGAGUCCCUGCUGUCACAAAAGAGACCACCCCUGAAAGCUCUUCCCCCCCUCAGGGGAUUGUCUCCCCCAGCAACUUAGCAUCUGACCUCACUCCCUCCGUGAGCAGUGAUAGCGUCAGCUUCCCCACACAGAUCGAGAAUCAAGCGGACCCCGUCACCAUCAAAGUGACCCAGACGCCACCUGCUGUGGAAGAGGUGGUCUCAUUUAAACUCUCAGAGGCCAGUCUACAGGACACGGCUGUCCCGGAGGAGAGACCAGCACAGCUUGAAGAGACCCCCAGAGAGGAAGUAGCUCAAGACCUCAGAGUGUUCGAGCUCAACUCAGACAGUGGCAAAAUAACACCCUCUAAUAAUGGCAAGAAAGGCUCGAGUACAGAUGUGAGUGAAGACUGGGAGAAGGAUUUUGAUCUGGACAUGACAGAGGAAGAAGUUCAGCUGGCUUUGUCAAAAAUAGACGCAACAGAAGAGUUGGUGGAUGAAGACUGGGAGAACUGGGAAUGAAAAUCUGGUGGAGGGAGUUCUGGCCUGAUAUUAAUUUGAGACGUUGCUGCUUCCAAAAUGAACCAUGCUUAAUGUAUUUAACUCCUAGUCUAUGGCCACGCCUGCUCAUUCAACCGGUUCAGUGAGUGGGGCCCACCUCCUCCAAAUAAAGUUCACAUCCAAGUUAAACCUCAGUGGUCCUUAGAAGGUGAUCUGUUCUAGAUCUGGCUGUCCUAAAUAUAGCUUGUGGUGAAACACUAAGACUGUUCUGAGAAAGCGAGUAUCUGUUAAUGAGGAGAGGUCAUCUUGCGAUACCAUUUGUACCUGCCAUAUGUACAUUUAUGUUUUUCUUCUUGGGGGAUUUCGGUAGAAAAAUGUUAAUUAACUGCCGGGACUUUUGAUUAGUUGUAAUCUAUCAAGAUGUUUAUUAAUUUUAGGAUUAGGAAAUAAUCCUUUACGUGAAAAUGUAUGUAAUUUAUGUUUAUUAUUUUUCCCCUGACAUAAAGGUAUUUGGCUUCUUUUUAAAGUUUGGUUCUCUUUAAAUACUAACGACUUUAAUCUUAUGCAAGUUAUUCUAGCAUUGAGAAUGAAAAUGGAGUGAGACUUCAUUCGUUCUGCUAAUGCUCCAUGGCCUUGAUCAAUGUUGUGUGGAAUGAAAAAAAAAACAUAAAAGUAAAAAAAGUCACUAUUUCACUAAAACAGCCUGUUGUUUCCUGUGCUAUCCAUUAAAUAUUCCCCUCAUUGUCUUUA